CUUAUACUUCCACUUCUUCCACCACUUCUUCUUCUUCUUCUUCUUCUUCUUCUCAGAUCUAUACUGUUUUAGUAGAUUACAUCCCAUCUGGGCUCUGGCCCUCUUCUCUACUGUUUUCAUGUUUCUCCAGAUCCUGGAUUCUUGUGAGGAUGACCACCAUCGAUCAUAAGCCGCUUCACUCAAAUCUCAUCUCAUCGCAAAGGUUUUCCCUUCCCGGCCAAAAUUUUCUCUUUCGUUACAAGUACAUUGUGACGGCCACUCAAAGUCGUCGGCACCAGAGUCAACUCGUUGGCAGAGGGUUUCAUCAGUCAAGCUAGUAUCUGCUAGUGUAGAGUUUGAUCGGGUAUUUGAUCAUGGAGUCUUUGAUUGUGUCUCCGCUGGUGGAGGUGCUCUUCGUGCGGCUGACUGACUCUGUUCUUGGUCAAGUUGGGUCCCGCAGAGAGUUCAAGAUGGAGAUGGAGAAGAUGAAGGAGACGUUAUCGGUGAUCCAAGCGGUGAUAGAAGACGCAGAGGAGCAGCAGAGGAAGAACAAGAAUGUCAGGACUUGGCUGUCCAAGCUCAAAGACAUUGCAGUCGAUGCUGAUGAUUUGCUCAAUGAGGUUGCCACUCUUACUCUACGCAAGAAUUUGAUGGAAACUUACCGAUCAUAUCCUGACCCCAGAGAUUUCCUGACAAAGCUUGUGGACGCACAGGAAGAUUUUACCGGUGGAAGUAUUCGAACACUGUUUCAUCUGGGAGUUAGAAAUGUGGAUGUGAGAAUGGAGUCGAUGAUUAAUAAGAGAGUGAGAAUCUAUGAAUUAAUUGAUCCACUUUGGUUGAGAAUGCAAAAAGGCAGACUUUGUGGAGACCUGUAUGAUCUUCAUCUUUCGAGUUGGAAUGUGAAGAUGAAGGACAGGAUUGGUAUGGUGGUGAGAAAGAUCGGAGAGGGGACAAGAUAUGGGGUAAAUCAAACUAGCUUAUCUGUUAAAUCAAUUUCUACUCACCGUAAGCAGUCGCGUAAACUGAAGGAGACUCGUACAAGAUUGGAUGAUGUAGCUAAGGAAAUGUCUAGUUUCAAGUUUAGGGAAACUCAGUUUUAUGGACGAUCAACAACGAUGGAGAAACGCGAGACUGGACCCUUCGUCAAUGAGUCAAAGGUGUAUGGUAGGGAAGAGGAUGUGGAUAAGAUUGUGGGAAUGCUAUUGUCUACCAGUACUAGUCCUGAUGUUGAAGUGAUUCCCAUUGUAGGAAUUGGAGGGAUGGGGAAGACAACACUUGCUCAGUUAGUCUACAAUUGCCCGAGGGUUACAAGUCAUUUUCAGUCUCUAAUGUGGGUGUCUGUCAAUGAUCAUUUUAAUCCUGCAAGGAUCAUAAAUCAAAUUUUGAGUUAUGUGAGAGAGGGCAGCCAUGACUCAUUUCAGAUUGGGGUGCUGCAAUCUCAACUGAGAGAAUCCUUAGUGGGAAAAAGAUACUUGAUAGUGCUCGAUGACGUGUGGAAUGAGGAUGCAGAUGAAUGGGAUAAAGUUAUGAAUCCGUUGAAAGGCUCUGGAGGCAGCAGCAAGCUCAUAUUAACCACCCGGAGUGAGGCAGUUGCAGCCAUAACUAGCACAUUCCCCCCUUUUCAUUUGGAACCACUAAGAAAAGAAGAGUGUUGGAAAUUGUUUAAGCACCGUGCCUUUGCAGAUGGAAAAGAAGAUGACUUUCCAAGCCUACUGGACAUCGGUGACCAAAUAGUAGACAAGUGCAAAGGUGUUCCGUUGGUUGCAAAUAUCCUUGGAAGCAUGCUGCGCUUUAAAAGGGAAGUAAGCGAGUGGUUAAAUGUGCAAAGGAGUGAACUAUGGAGUAUUAAUGCAGGUGAGAACACAAUUAUAUCCAUCUUCAGGUUGAGUUACAAUCAUUUGCCAUCGCAUCUGAAAGCUUGCUUUGCAUAUUGUUCUGUGUUCCCAAAGAAUUAUGUGAUUAGUAAGGAAAAGUUGAUCCAUCAAUGGCUCGCACAUGGCUUAAUUCCUUCUGUUGGAGAUCCUUCAUUUAGGCCGGAGGACAUUGGCAAUGAGUAUUUUAACAACUUGUUGAUGAUGUCUUUCUUCCAAGAAACGAGAAAAUCAGAUGACACAGGUAUGGCAGAAUUUAAAAUGCACGAUCUUAUUCAUGAUCUUGCGAAAUCUGUUGCUGGAGAGGAAAUCAUGACAUUAGGACAGAUAAAUGGGCAAUGUAAUAUCUCAAGGACAUGUCAUGCAUCAGUUGUCUGCAGUUCUGGCUAUGCUUUGAUCCCUGAAGCCUUGUGUAAAGCAAAGAGAUUGCGAUCCCUCAAUUUUCUGUCGCCAAGAGAAGAUUAUGUGGCAGCCAUUCCAACCAUCCUAGCUACUUUUAAGCACCUCAGAAUGUUGAACUUCAGUGGAUCUGGAAUUAAUAGGCUCCACCAAGAGAUUGGUGGGUUAACAUCUUUGCAGUAUCUUGAUCUUUCAAAUACUCUCCUAGAGACGAUGCCAGCAACUAUCUGUGAUCUGUGCAAUUUGCAGACACUGAAUCUCUCAAGUUGUAGUGAGCUUAAGGAGUUACCUAGUGGUAUUACCAAGUUGAUAAAACUGAGACAUCUUAACAUAGAUGAUUGCCCAAGACUUGCUAGCAUGCCCCCAUCAAUGUGGCAUUUACGAAAUCUUCAAACUUUGCCAGUAUAUAUCAUCGGCCGCAACUUUGAAACUUCUAUUUUCCAGCUCGUGGCAAUGGAAGAGCUACGAGGGAAGUUAAAAAUCAAAUGUCUGGAGGAGGCUAUAAUCCCAUCUGGCAACAGCAUGGUUAGAAAAUGGAUGCAAGCGAGAGAAUUUCGUUCAUUGGAAUUGUUGUGGCAAAAUGAUGUGGACAAGCUAGAUCAUAACAGAAUGAGGCAAGCUCACAGGCAUGUGGAUGAUCAAACUGAUUUUGUUCUGGUAGAUUCUUUGACUGCAUCACCCUUUAUAAGAAUGCUGUCAAUAAAUGGUUAUUCUGGAACCAAGUUUCCAGAUGAGAUGAGUUGGUCUCGGAACUUGACAGAGCUUAACAUAAUUAAUUGCAGAAGAUGUGAAAGUCUUCCUCCGCUCGGUGAACUUCCUGUCCUCAAGAUCCUCCACAUCCAAGGAAUGGAUUCUGUUGUCCACAUUGGCGUCGAAUUUUUAGGUGAAGGUGACAGACCAUUUUGUUCCCUUAAAGAGCUAUAUUUCACAGACUUUGCAGACUUAAGAAGUUGGAGUAGUAUCGAUUCAACAGAAGUAUUUACUUGCCUGGAAAAAUUAGAAAUCAUAAAUUGUCCGUUUUUGGUAACCAUGCCAUGGUUUCCAUGUCUCCGAGACUUGAAACUGAGGAAGUGCAUCCAGUUUGACCAAAUGGUAAUAUGGUCAGCAUCAGAGCUUACCACACUGUCUACUCUUGUUAUUGACUCAUUUCCACAGUUGAGCUUCAUACCAAAAAAAUUGCUGCGAAACAAUUUCAAUCUGAUAUCAUUAACUGUCACGUCCUGCCCCAAGGUUAGCACACUACCUGAAAAUCUGGGAAGCCUCCGUGCUCUGAAAUCGCUGAAAAUUGGAUGGUGUGAUGAGCUAGAUACUUUUCCUAGUGGACUAAAGUACCUCACUGCACUGGAGAACUUAGAGAUUGUUGAAUGUCCUAGUAUAAUCUGUCUGCCAGAAGAUGGCAUGGAAGGCUUGUGCUCACUUCGGUCAUUCUCAAUUGAGAACUGUCCGAGCUUAGCCUUUUUGCCUAUGGGGAUGAAAUACCUCACAUCCCUUGAGAACCUGACUGUCAUGUUCUUAAAACUGGUUCAUCUACCAGAAGUUUUACAAUACCUCUUGGCACUUAGAAGCCUGACGAUUAUGAGCUGUCCAGAGCUUAGAAGUCUGCCAGCGGGAUUGCAACAUGUCCAGAAUUUACGCAUCUUGGAGAUUCAUAGCUGCCCUAAACUGAUGGAAAUUCCCGAGUGGGUGGAGCAUCUUGUUUCACUCCGGUCUUUGAAGAUCUCAGACUGCCCAGAAAUAGAGUUCUUGCCAAAAGGUCUACAGUGUCUUGGUGCCCUCCAACACCUGUCUAUAAGAGACUGUCCUGUCCUUGAGAAGCGCUGCGAGAGGGGAAUCGGUGAGGACUGGCAGAAGAUAUCUCAUAUUCCAUAUGUCUAUGUUGGAUCAUCAGCAUUGCAGCACAGUCGAGACAUUGCAUCCACUUCCCACAAUCCUUAGUGACCUUUGACCUUAGCUCCAAGGAACCGAUUCCGAUCAACAUUGGACUUUGCUUGAUUUGAUGUUUCCAUGUGAGAAUGAGGGAGUGUUAAAGGAUACUCGCGGCCAAGUGGUUGCCAUUACAUUUGUAUAUGUGAUUGUGAUGUAACUCGGUGGUCGUUUAUAAACUGUCAAGUCCUGGUACAACAAUUGAAAGAAAGAGAGGUGGCCUCAGUAACAGCCAUGUCAUCUGCUCAAGCUAUCUCGUGCAUCUUUGAGGUUAAAUUGUUGGUUUAUAUUUUUCAUCUGUUUGGGCUUGUUGUUCUAAGUUUGUGUUGGUCAGUACUGUCGGUCACCCUACAUGGUUUUUUGUUGCUGUAGUUAUUUUUGUAAUGGGAAGCUUGCCUCUUUGCAGCUCAUAUUUGGCUCAAUAAAGCUAAGGACAAACUCAUUUACCAUAAAGAACUGAUGUGCAUAAAGGGAUGACAAGCUCCCUUUUGUGUUAACCAUGCUUUUAUUCUUGAAUGUUUCAAUCAGGCUGUUCUCGAGGUUCUUGUCUUGUAAUUUCUUUAUUUGGUCUUGUGAAAAAAAUUAGUGUCCUGCUUACGCACCAGGCUCUCUUUUUUUCUUUUUUUUGUCAGUUCUCUCUGCUUAAUGUCUUUUGCCAUGAUUUCGAAGGUAAUGUAAUCUCAUCCAAAUUUCGUCAUUCUUUUGUAUAAUGUUACGAAAUAAGUCACUCCCCUCUUAUCCCAGCUCCCACCUAGGCUUAUAUACCAGACUAACAGCCGAUCGGACUCAAGAAUGUUGGGCCAUCUGGUGGCUUAUUUAGGAUUGAAACAUUUUUUAGGCUUACAAUAUAUAAAAUAAUUUCUCUGUUCAAUUUUGUUGUUGUACAAAUUUACUUUUCUUGUUGAAAUGAACAUCAGAUUAGAUAAUUUCGCACUGUGCUGCACCAGUCUGGUCCUGUAUUAUUCCAUCAGUAUUCUUCUUCUUCAAUUUACCGGUAUGUUUCAAUGGUAAUAUACAUUCCAGCAUCUUCAUCUUCUGGCUAGCAAUCAUAGAUAGGAGUUACAUUGGUCCCUUGAUGAUACUUGUGGUUCCUCAUUUGCAGGGGGUCACUUUACCUUCCUCAUGUGGGAUUGAAUUCAAGAAUGAAUAUCGGAUGCAUUCAAAGUUGUCAGUUUAAGUUUUGCUAGUUGCUGAUUUUGUUUGCUGAUGUUUGGCUGAGUAUUAAUUUAGCACUGAACCAUAUUGGCUUGGUACCAUUUCUUUUGCUCUGGGUGUCAUUCUUAGUCUAUUUUAUUAUUAGAGCUAACAUUGGGUCUGUAUAAUUAGCAGAGCCUUUUCUUUUUAAGAGAUAAAUGUUGAAGACUCGGCAUAUACACGAAAGAAUAUGCCAACAGUUACUCCGAUCCAUACUAUAUACUUGCAUUGUCUCAUGCUUUGCCUAUUUAGCCUUCCAAGUUUCAUCUUACCAUUCUUACGCUUCAGCUAUUCAUCCAAUAGCCCCAAUCACCAAAGCUGUACCUGGUGUCGAGUUGGAGGAUAUUAUAGGAAUCUUCCUAUUCUGAUCUUAUGUUUGCAAUCUUUACCACUGCUGGUAUUUAUUUGAUUAAUUUUAGCUUUAGGUUCUAUUGUAUGAUAAUUUUUGGGGGUAAGGUUCUUGAGCUAUAGUAACAACUUGAACAAACCAAAGACGUGAAGGUGUGAUGUGUGCCUGUAAAGGGUGGAAAACCUGAUAUAUGCUGUUCACUGUUCAGGAUUAUAGUCAGAAUAAAUCAACUGAACAAGGAGGAGCUUGGUCUAAGUAUUGAUCCUUUUUUAUUUGUCAAGUGGGCAAGGUAAUAAAUCUUGAAUUCAAGCAUUUACCACUAGGGUUUGUAAUUACAAAUCCAAUAAUUCCUGCAUCUGUUAGUGAGAAGCAGUAAUUUUGAAAAGAUUUCUAGGUAACAUUCUGCAUAUAUCCCCAGAGGCAGCAUGCAAUAUAAUUUUGAUGAUAACUUAUUGUGAAGCUGGCUUGUUAUGGCUGCAACAGC